AUGGAAGACGAUCGUGCGAGGAAAGCAGCAGAGGCCCUUGCAGCUAGGAAUAUCCUUGCUGCUCUUCUUACAGACGAAGAAAUUAAGCAGUCGACGUCUUCGGGGAGACUAGCGCAGGCUAGGAGACAACAAGUCAGAGAAGAGAAGAGACGAGAACUUCGAGAAGAGGAAGCAAAGGAAUCCGCUCAGGGGGAAGCGAGUGGGAAAGCUGAUGGUACGGCAUGA